UUGAGUAUAAUUGAAAAGCAUUGUUGUAUUGGAGAAGUCGCGGGCUCGUGUGUCGGAUCGAGCGAGGCGCGUGCUCACGUGCGCUAUGAAUGGAGCGCGGCCGCAGACGCAGACUAGGCGCAGACGUCGUGCGGGAAACGCGCUCGACCGGCGCGCGCACAAUCUGUGACAUUCGUGUAUAGUGUGAUCCUUCGCGACGGAUCUACAGAAAUCAUGUUUUCGAUACUACGGCAUAUUCUGCUGUUAUUGUUCCUGGUGGCAGUAACCUCUUCCCGUUCGUUCUCCGCCGACUUGAUUGCGACUGAUACGGCGCCCAUUAACCAAAUUGCCAAUAUUACAUAUGGAGCAGAAACUGAUAACCAAGGCACCUUGACGUCGAUAUUCUCCCCUCGUAUGGACUUCGAGCAAUGGAAGCCACUAACUGGCCGUGGAGACCCGCUUCGCAACGACCCGACGUAUGAUUACGAACCUCCUGUCCUCGAGCGAGUCCACUACUGGGCAGACGAUACUAGAUUGGAACGAGAACAUUAUCCAGAGAGAAAGUCAGAAGUAUUAAUGCUCGGUGUAUCUUCUCGGAAGCCGAGUGUUACCUCUCGACAGCCACCUUUACUGCCAAGACGUCCCGCACACAGGCCACUGCCGAAUAAGUACGAAGACUUUACUUACAAACUGAGCGAGCACUAUCCAAUGACAAUUUUAGUGCCCCCGCCACCACCUCCACCUGGCCACCAACCACCGCUCUUUAUCCUGUCGGACGAUAAACCUCCCGUGAGCAAAAAAGUCCCGCCACCAAUUCAGAUAAAUCAUCCUCUUCAGAGCGUAAUACAGGAUACCACGCCCACUUCUGAACAUCUUACAUCUUUGUACGCAUUGCAAGAAUCAAAUUUAAUUUAUCAGUCUUCAACAACUACCCAAAAUUGGAUAAGUAAUGCUAAUGAAACUAAAAUCAAGAGAAUGCUGUAAGUAGUGAUUAUGCUGGAUGGGGCCAACCACACCUAUUGAUGAUAAAGAUGCUGCAAAUGAAACGCAUAAUUUAAUUUUAAACGACCAUUCCGAUUAUUCCAGACAUCCGUAUUCAUUUUACAAACCAAUGUUAUCUGAAGCACCCCCUCCUCCCAAGUUAAUACUAAACACUUUCGUUACUUCAACAUUUGUCCCAACUGCAUUACCACCGACAACACCAGUAUCUGUUACUGCG